AUGGCAUUGGUCAAUAUCAUUCUCAUGCUACUGACGUUCGCGUUUGUUCACCACCAAAUCGCAACCACGGAGGCGCGGCUCGACAUCGGCGUGUGCUACGGGAUGAUCGGGGACAACCUCCCUUCUCCGGCGGCUGUGGUCCAACUCUACCAAAGAUACGGCAUCGGCAAGGUGCGGCUCUUCGAUCCCAACCCUGAUGCACUCGCUGCGCUGAGAGGCAGUGGGAGAGAGGUCACGUUGGGCACCAAGAAUCAGGAUUUACAAAACAUAGGGUCGAGCGUCGCUGCGGCUAAGGCAUGGUUUGACGCCAACGUGCAACCGUACGUGAGUGGUGUCAACAUUACGUAUCUUUCGGCUGGUAACGAAGUGGUCCCUGGAGAUUUAGGUCGGUACGUAUUGCCUGCGAUGCAGAAUCUGCAAAGUGUUGUUAACAGCUACGGAUACAGCGGAAUAAAGAUCACCACUGUGGUCCCGACUUCAACCUUAGGGACUUCUUACCCGCCGUCACAAGCCACAUUCUCUGAUGCGGCUCGUGCCGACAUGGUUGGAAUCAUAAAAUUUUUGUCAAGCAAUGGCUGGCCAUUGAUGAUUAAUAUUUAUCCGUACUUUGCGUACGCCUCCGAUCCGGUCAACGUGAGAUUGGAUUACUCCCAAUUCACCGCGACCGGCCCGGUGGUUCAGGAUGGCCCCUUGAGUUACUCGAACUUGCACGACGCGGUCGUGGACGCCUUUUAUUGGGCGAUGGAGAAGGAAGGCGUGACCAAUGUGGAUUUGGUGAUUUCCGAGAGCGGCUGGCCUUCUGCUGGAAAUGGUAACUUCACCACUCCAGCGCUUGCACAAACUUAUAACCAGAACCUUGUGAAGAGGUAUCAGGCCAACACCGGGACGCCUAAGCAUCCGGACCGUAGCAUGGGAGGCUUCCUCUUUGCGCUGUUCAAUGAGAAUCAGAAACCCGCCGGCGUCGAGCAAAAUUUCGGGCUAUUCUAUCCCAAUACUUCGCCGGUUUACCCCAUUUAUUUUAAUUAA